AGGGCGGGCCGCGGUUGCUGAGUGGGACACCGACAACCGCUGCCCGCACCCGGGAAGUCUCCCUGCCUCUCCCCGCUUUCCGCUCGCCGCCAGUUCUCGCCAGCAUGUCCGUGGUGCCGCCCAAUCGCUCACAAACCGGCUGGCCGCGGGGGGUCAACCAGUUCGGCAACAAGUACAUCCAGCAGACCAAGCCCCUCACCUUGGAGCGCACCAUCAACCUGUACCCUCUUACCAAUUAUACUUUUGGUACAAAAGAGCCCCUCUAUGAGAAGGACAGCUCUGUUGCAGCCAGAUUUCAACGCAUGAGGGAGGAAUUUGAUAAAAUUGGAAUGAGGAGGACUGUAGAAGGGGUUCUGAUUGUACAUGAGCACCGACUACCCCAUGUGCUACUGCUACAGCUGGGAACAACUUUCUUCAAACUACCUGGUGGUGAACUUAACCCAGGAGAAGACAAAGUUGAAGGACUAAAACGCCUAAUGACAGAGAUACUAGGUCGUCAAGAUGGAGUCCUGCAAGACUGGGUCAUUGAUGACUGCAUUGGUAACUGGUGGAGACCAAAUUUUGAACCUCCUCAGUAUCCAUAUAUUCCUGCACAUAUUACAAAACCGAAGGAACAUAAGAAGUUGUUUUUGGUUCAACUUCAAGAGAAAGCCUUGUUCGCAGUCCCUAAAAAUUACAAGCUGGUAGCCGCACCGUUGUUUGAAUUGUAUGACAACGCACCCGGAUAUGGACCCAUCAUUUCUAGUCUCCCUCAGCUUCUGAGCAGGUUCAAUUUUAUAUACAACUGAAUUCCUGCACAGUGGAGAAGUGAAAGAAGCCGUCUCUGUGAGCACAGCUCUGCACAGUCUAGAAAAAACAUGGUAGAAGAGGUUUUUUGUUUUAUCUCUUUCCCACCCUCUAAAUUGCCACCUGCUUUCUAUUGUUUGAAUAGUAACAUUGAUAUGAAGAACCUAGAUAGUGGUGUAAACAUAUGUGAUAAUGUUUAAUUUGCUUUUGUUUCUACUCAUACGUUUUUGUACAUUAAAAAAAGUGGACUUCUU